AUGCUGGUGCUUAAGAAAAUCCAUCACACAGCCACUCUUCUAUGUAUAUAUGCUUGCCUGGCUCUGGCUGCUAAUUAUCAUCUUCUUGCUUGUCGUUGCCGCCAGUGUUGCACCUUGAAUCAAGAUCCAUCCAUGGAGCCAAUGCAAGGAAGAGUGCAGAUGUGGAUGCUCCUGUGGCUCGCCUUCUGCUUGCUCGAGCAUUCGCAUUCGCUGGUGUUCCCGUUCCCCAUGCCGUUCUUCGCCCCUUCCUACACCAACCAGCAAGACGUUGAUGCUGUGAACGAGCUGUACGCGUCACUGGGCUCGCCGGACCUCCGUGGCUGGGCUGCCUCGGGAGGAGACCCUUGCGAGGAGGCAUGGCAAGGGGUGCAGUGCCUCGGCCCCAACAUAACCGAAAUAGUACUCAAAGGCGCGGGUCUAGAAGGGAAGCUGAGCGAGGCACUCGGAAAGCUCACUGCUAUUACAAGAUUGGACCUGUCAUCAAACAACCUCGGCGGUGAGCUGCCGGAGUCAAUGGCAAUGCUCAAAUCCCUUUCAGCACUGCAUGUGCAGAACAACAGGCUAACCGGGACACUCGAUGUGCUGCGUGAUCUUCCCCUGAAAGACCUGAAUGUGGAGAACAAUCAGUUCGCAGGAUCAAUCCCAGAGAAGAUGCUGAACAUCCCAAAAUUUCUAAGAAAUGGCAACCAUUUCACCAUUCCGAUCCCUGGUUCCUCUCCGACUCCGGCGACGUCGUCUCCUUCUCCAGCUGCACAUCCUCACAUUACUGUAAUUCCAGCAGUUACCCCACAGGACACUACACACGGUGGUGCUCCUCGGAGGCACGCCAACAAGGUGUUUCCGGCAAAGGCUGCCGGAUUCAGCAUUCUCGCUGCCAGUUUAUUGACCAUUGCUGUCGUUGUAAUCGUGUUCGCAACCUUGAGAAGGCGGCAGGAGAUGUCCACUCGGGAAGGGCACCUGAGCGCAAUUGUGAGGAGCGUGGCAAUCUGGACAAGGAAGCCUCCUAAGCUAGGUGCAACUGCCAACCCUGACAAACAACACAGUACAGUCGCUGCAAAUGACAUUGUGGGGAGCACUCUGAGAGAUUGCACAAAGGUGUCGGGUUUAUCGGCACAUACACCUCUCAAGAACUACAGCAUGCCAAGCAUUGUUUCAGAUAAGAAUGUUCAGCGGGGGUCAGAAGAAGGCAAACCCUCGACGGUUUCCUUCAAGUUCUUCACUGUUGCAUAUCUGCAACAGUGCACCAACAGCUUCAGCGCUGAGAAUUUUCUGCGAGAAACUCGGUUCGGCAAUAUCUAUCUUGCAGAGCGCCCAGAAUGCAAGUUUGCGGUGCUGAAGCUUCGCGACACGGCUACGAAAAUGGCGGCUGACGUGUUUCUGGAGAAUGUUCGGACCAUCGCCGACCUUCGACACCCCAACAUAGAAGAGCUUGUGGGUUGCUGCGUGGAGCACGGACAGAGGCUGCUCGUGUACAAAUAUUUCAGCGAACACACAUUGGACGACAUGAUCCACCGCGGCAGCAGCGACACUGCCGAUCCCGGCAACAAGUUCCUGUGGGAAGCUCGGAUCGCCGUGGCCCUCGAGGCCGCCAAGGCUCUCGAAUACCUCCAUGACGGUGGCGGCGGCCAGGAGGGACAUGUCGCCGUUGUCCACGGACAUUUCAGGCCGGAGCAUGUCCUUGUCGACGGCGAGGCGCGGGUGCGCGUGUCCGGGUGCGGCCUCGCCCCGUUCGCGCCACCGUCAGCGUCAGGAACUACUACGGACUGGCAAGACGACGCACUGAGCUACGUCGGCCCGCCGGAAGAAGCCGCAACGACGGAGGCGGCCACAGGCCGCGACGUGUACUGCUUCGGUGUGGUGAUGCUGCAGCUCCUGACGGGGCGCAGGCCCUACGACAAUGUGCGGCCGCGAGGGGAGAGGCUCCUGGUGCCGUGGGCUGGCGCGCGGCUGCACGAUCUGAGCGCUCUGCGCAGGAUGGCCGACCCACGCCUCCGGGGCACGCCGGUGCCGGUCAGGUCCCUAUCACGGUUCGCGGACAUCAUCAGCAGAUGCGUGCAGCGGGAGGCUGAGUUCCGGCCGGCGAUGGCGGAGGUGGUGCAGGACCUGAUGGGCGCCACCGCCACGGAAGAGGCGCACAUAGCGGACGACUGCGGAGAGCUAUCGCCGGUGACGGCAGAGUACCAACUUGGUGUGAACUGCUCGCUCUGA